CAGCUUUCGCGGUGGCAGAGUAGGUCGAUGAUCACUCAUCAUCAAGUCCUCCGCCGGUUCCAUAAUCGCCGUUAAAUCAGGAAAUGGCGUCACGUGUUGAGGGAAAGCUUCCCGGCCGCCGGUGAAAAGCUCCAUUUCACUCUUUACACGCUUAUAGCCCGUAAUAAUUGAAUCAAAAAACAUGUUGAGAAGACCCGCAGCAUUGCUAAGCUUUUCAAUCACAGCCAGAAAUCUUUGGUCUUUAUUGGGAUUCCGAUUUGCCCCAAAGUUGGCCUCUUGUACGACACUUCAACUGUCUUCAUCUUCAACUGCUAGCUAUAGAACCAGAACCAGAUUCAGGGCCAUGUCAACAUCAGUGAAUUCAACGCCCGUAAAUGAAAAAGAUGAACAAGUAUUUCAAGAUUUUAAAUUACUUAAUGCAGUCGAUGAUAGAUAUGGAGGAGUAAUUGUUGAAGUGAGAGAAGCUAUGGAUUCUGCCCUCUUUGGUUCAGUGCUUAGAGCUUCAAUAGCACAGUGGCGACACCAGGGUAAAAAGGGUGUGUGGAUCAAAUUGCCUAUUCAGCAUGUCAAUCUUGUUGAAGCUGCUGUCAAGGAAGGAUUUUGGUUUCACCAUGCUGAGCCAAAUUACUUGAUGCUUUGUUAUUGGAUUCCUGAAGGUACACAUACUCUUCCUGCAAAUGCUUCACACCGGAUAGGCAUCGGUGCAUUUGUCAUGAACGAAAAGAGAGAGGUUUUAGUGGUUCAAGAGAGCACUGGACGGUUUCGAGGUACGGGUGUGUGGAAGUUCCCUACAGGAGUUGUGAAUGAGGGAGAAGAUAUCUGCGCAGCUGCGGUUCGAGAAGUCAAAGAAGAGACAGCAGUUGAUACCAAAUUUAUCGAAAUACUGGCAUUCAGACAAAGUCACAAAGCAUUCUUCGAUAAGUCGGAUAUAUUCUUCCUAUGCCUGCUCGAGCCACUUUCUUCAGAAGUUCAGAAGCAGGAAACCGAGUUAGAGGCAGCCAAGUGGAUGCCAUUUGAAGAAUACGAGGCGCAGCCAUUCGUCCAGAAACACGAACUCUUGAAAUACAUUGUUGAUAUAUGCUUGGCAAAGAAAGAUAGAAACUAUUCCGGGUUUUCUCCGGUGCCUACCACAUCGGUAUUCUCAGACGAAAAGAACUACAUGUACUUCAACACUACUGACCUCAAUGGGCAGUAAAUCCUGGAUUAUGGCGCCUAACAUUAUACAUGGGGCAAGGAUUCAACUUCUAAAAUUCAUAAAUAAAUUCUUUUGAUUUAUACAAAUGAUGCUACCUGUUGCACAACAUUGAAUAAAAUGAAUGAUUCAUUCAAAGUUUAGAUUUGAA